GAACGCUCUACAGAUAGUGGUUCAUCAAUUUCAUCUCCAGAUCCUUCAAGAGUCGACAUAAAUUUUAAGGGAAGAUGGCUCGAAAUGUAAAGAAGGAGAAUACAGUGGUGCAAAUGUUGGAGGAGAUUACACGCAAUUAUUUAGUUGCCCGGUAUUGUAUACUAUAUUUGUUUUUCGCUAAACUUGAGAAGGGUAAAAAGAGAAAGAGAUUACAAAUUGUCUUACCUUACAGCCUCACGGGGAGGGUACCCUCACAAGUUAGUCACAUGAAUAGGUUGGUCGGUGUUACCGACACAGAUUGCGUAAUAAAUCUUAGGAUGGAUAGAAAUGCAUUUGGUAGGCUUUGUUCCUUGUUCCGGCAGUUAGGAACCCUUCGUGAUAGGAGGUUUGUUUAUAUUGAAGAACAAGUGGCUAUUUUUCUCAGUAUACUAGCCCAUCAUAAAAAGAACUGUAUCACGAGAUUCAACUUCUUGCGGUCAAGUGAAACUAUUUCAACAUAUGUUCACGCUGUACUUCGAGCCAUCAUAAAAAUGCACACAUUGUUCUUGGUCAAACCAGAGCCAACAAAAGAUGAUUGCGUUGAUUGGAGGUGGAGACAUUUUAAGGGUUGUCUUGGAGCGUUAGAUGGAACUUACAUAAAUGUGUUUGAUAAGGCUCGUUUCAUGCAUCGGUUUAAGGUUAAAAUUCUGUGCAUUUGGGGCCCAUUCUUUGAUUGUGACAUUUUCUUCUUCACCAAGCUAAACUAA